UUGGUUGUUUGCGGCCCCAGCGGUGUGGGCAAGGGCACCCUCAUCGGCCGCCUCAUGGCCGAGCACGGAGACAAGUUCGGGUUCAGUGUCAGCCACACCACACGCGGACCCAGGCCCGGGGAGCAGGACGGAGUGCACUACCACUUCACGAACAGGGAGUCUAUGCAGCGGGAAGUGGAGUCGGGGAUGUUCCUAGAGUACGCCGACGUGCACGGCAACAUGUACGGCACCAGCUUGGGGGCAGUGGCGGCGGUUGGCCAGUCGGGCCGGAUCGCGGUUCUCGACAUUGACGUACAGGGCGCCACGAAGAUCAAGUCCUCCCGCGCCGCCUCCAAGGCCCGCUACGUGUUCGUGGACCCGCCCUCCCUGGAGGUGCUGGAGGCCCGCUUGCGGGGUCGCGGCACCGAGACGGAGGACAAGGUGCGGCUCAGGCUGGCCAACGCGACCGCGGAGAUUGACAGAUCGCGGGAGCCGGGCUUCUUUGACGCGCGGCUCGUGAACGACGACCUGGAGGCCGCCUACCACCGCUUCAAG